AUGCAGCUCACACAGUCAUCCUUCCCCCCUUCUCCCUCUCCCCUCCCUGUCGAUCCCCCCCGUCGUCGACCAGGGGCUCAAUUCUACCUCGCCGAUUUAUCAGAACCCUCUUCGAUAGAAUCAACUCCCAGAUCUCAUCCGGUCUUCUCACUUCACUCUUCCAAUGUCAUCCGUCCAGAAGUUAUACUUCCCCCAGCUGGAGAUUUGCCACCAUACAACCCUCAAGAUUCGGACGCGUCGAUAAACUCGAUCAUCUCUUUACCACAACGUCAACAUUUCAACCCAUCAUCCCCUCUCAUCUUUCCUGAGGAGCCUGGUCUCCCACAGCAGCCCAUAUCAACAAUGAUACCCACUCAGCCUCAAGACCAAUCAGAUGCAGCUGGACCCCCAAAGUUACUUUCCCCGGCGGACAUUCAUGCGGAGGGUGGCAUCCAAAUCACCGAGCAGCAACCUCUUACGAUUAGUUAUACUCUUCCCAAUCUACCUGAUACUCCAGGGAAAUUACACCAUUCCACACCAAGUCCACUCAAACCGUCUCCUUUUGAGAUGGACGUCAAAGAGUUUCCCUUUGUUUACCCUUCCGACAGUGUCAGUGAUGGUUAUAUGCCUGGAAAGAGGGAGAACUUGUUGGACACUCUGUUGGAGAUCCAUAGGGUACUAUACGGAGGUGAACAGAUUAAGGCUUGUAUGGCAGAAAGAAGAGAAGGGGUGAAACAACUUGUUGAGCGUUUCUUCGAGGGUGAUGUUGUAUAUGAUCAUCCUCUUGUUAAGCUUACCUCCCGAAACGCCGUCGUCACUCAUUUUACCCUGUGCAAUCUCGCCUCCACUCUCUACCUACCAUCUGUCACUCCUACAGGAAUGAAACAACAUACCAAAGCCGUAAUCACCAUCUUCGGCCAACAAGUCACCGUAGUAGGUUCUUCCGUGGCCAGCCGUGCUUGGUAUGUUGUAUCUUUGAUCCUACCGAAACCUCGGACCAUUUCUUUUGAUCCGGAAAAAGCUGCUCUGACAGCUUUGUCCAAAGAGAAGGGAAAGGGAAAAGGCAAAGGAAAGGAGACAGAGAAGGAAAAGAUGAAAGAGAAGGAAGUGGAGGAGGGGAAGGGACAGAUGGAGAAAGAAACAAAGAGAUGGUAUCCUGAUGGAGGGAAUGAGGCUUGGUGGAGGUUAUACGAUAUCAGCUCGGAAUUCAAGGAUUUAGGAGCGUUGGAGACAUUUGAGGGACAUCACUCGGCGUUGAUUCAACACGUCGUCACGCUUCGUCUCCUUCCGGCUCUCCUCAAACCCAUACCUGCUCACCCACUUCCACUUCAACGUGACACCAUCAACGACCACGGUUCACUAGGCAUGUUCACGGAAAAAGUUUCUUACACUCAUCGUAUCGCUGCUGCUGUAGCUCAAGAAUGUGAGGGGUUGUUGAGGUGGCAACUACCUAUGUCGACUUUGGUCGAGUUCAACGAGAUGGGCCGAGCGGUCCGCCUCCGAGACAAUGUCGAUAUUCGUGAUCUUGUCGAAGCUGUCGUACCUCUCGCCAAAACAUUCAGCACAUUAUCCCGCCGAUUGACAGGUUUGCUCACGGGUACCAUUGGGAAUUGCGUUUUGAAGUUUAUCCCUGAACCUGUUUUACCAACCAGUAUCAGUCGAACACAUACUCAAACGCCAACACCUAUGACCCCACCCGCUCAGACGCUAAGAAAUACACCCUAUGGUCCUGUCUUACCUCCCGGUUGGUCUAAUGGGAUCAAAGCGUGA